UGUUACUGUGAAGAUCACGUACUGCGUUUGUCAGUAAAGAAGAAACAUUAUAAGAAUAUCUGACAAAUUCAGUUGCUGAACAAGACAAUGUCUGACAAGACCGAGACCCAAACCUCAGACCUUCCUGAUGCACAUGGAGGGCGUCUAGAGGAAAACCCAGGCACUGGGCUAUUAAAUGUGAAGGAAGAGGAUGAGACAGAUGACAUGAAUAGUCAUCAGACUGAAAUACAUUGCUCCCUCCCUGCCGAUGAAGAUAACGCUGAUAUAGUGAAAGUUGAGAUAACAGAAGAUCUGUUUGUGAGACAACAGCUAGAAGCACGAAAUGAGGAAACCAUUGACAAUAUCAGCCAAGGCCAUAUGGAUGGGACACCUUCAGAGGGCUCAGCGUUUGAGCACAGAGGAGAACCGUAUGUGUGUGAUCACGUGAAGACUGAGGAGGAUGAAGUUCCUAUAAAUACGGCUACAGGGGAUGUUAAGACCGAAGUCACACUUAAUGCUGAACAGACUAAUGAACUGAAAGCUCUGAAGCAGGAAAUCAGUGACAAUAUCAGUACAGGUGAUGUUAAGACUGAAGUUACACUUAAUGCUGAACAAACAAAUGAUCUGUAUGUAAAGAGUCAGCAGGAAGCUGUGAAGCAGGAAAUCAGUGACAAUAUCAGUACAGGUGAAUUUACAAAUUGCAGUAAUCCUAGUCCAAACCAUGGUGAAACUACAAAUACUGGUUUCAAUCUUCUUCACAAUCAUGGAAGCAACAUGGGAAAUUUAUGUUCUGAAUAUGGGAACAUUUUUACCAGAAAAUCCAAUCUUUUAAGACUUCAAAAAAUUCAUGCUGGAGAGAAAGCAUUUUCAUGUUCUGAAUGCGGGAAAUGUUUUGCUUGGAAAUCAAAUCUUGCUACACAUCAGAAAAUUCAUACAGGAGAGAAAGCAUUUUCAUGUUCUGAAUGUGGGAAAUGUUUUGUUCUGAAAUCACAUCUUAUUAGACAUCAGAAAAUUCAUACAGGAGAGAAAGCAUUUGCAUGUUCUGAUUGUGGGAAACUUUUUGCUCUUAAAUCAACUCUUAUUAUACAUCAGAAAAUGCAUACAGGAGAAAAAGCAUUUUCAUGUUCUGAAUGUGGGAAAUGUUUUGCUCGGAAUUCCAUUCUAAUUACACAUAAGAAAAUUCACGCAGGAGAGAAAGCAUUUUCAUGUUCUGAAUGUGGGAAGUGUUUUACUGAGAAAUCAACUCUUAUUAGACAUCAGACAAUUCAUACAGGAGAGAAAGCAUUUUCAUGUUCUGACUGUGGGAAAUGUUUUGCUCUGAAAUCAAAUCUUAUUAGACAUCAGAAAAAUCAUACAGGGGAGAAAGCAUUUUUAUGUUCUGAUUGUGGGAAGUGUUUUACUGAAAAAUCAACUCUUAUUAGACAUCAGAAAAUUCAUACAGGAGAGAAAGCAUUUUCAUGUUCAGAAUGUAGGAAGUGUUUUACUGAGAAAUCAACUCUUAUUACACAUCAGAAAACUCAUACAGGAGAGAAAGCAUUUUCAUGUUCUGAAUGUGGAAAAUGUUUCACUCGCAAAGAAAAUUUUGUUCUUCAUCAAAAACUCCAUACAGGAGAGAGAGGAUUUCCAUGUUCUGAAUGUGGAAAAAGUUUUUCUCAGAAGUUACAACUUAUUGCGCAUCAGAGACUUCAUAUGGGAGAGAAAGAAUUCUCCAGUCAUACACAGGGCAAACCCCUACGUUAACAUCAAAAGUGCAAGAGCCUUUAAAAAGCCCUUAUCUAGUUUGGGAUAGUCACCCUAGCUGCAUAAAUACAUUGUGCUGAAAUAUAACAAAAAAUAGUUUUGAUUUCUAAUUAUAAAUUUUUAUGAAAACUCUUUCAUACAGGCGGUGAGACUCCAUGACCCAUUUGAUUCUUCAGUGAGAGGGGUUCUCAGAGUGGACGCCAAUUUCGGCUCAGAGUACAGUAAUUUUUGGAGGGAUAUAUAUUAUGUAGUGGCAUAUUUUUCACCUAUUGGAAUUUAGUCACAAGCCUUUCCACAGGUGUCGCAGGGACUUGUCCUUUGCCUAUACCUGUUGGUUCGUCAAUAUACUCCUAUUCCAGAUCCUCUGCUUUUAUGUUUCAGCACUGGUUUUGGCAUUCUACUGGUUCCAUAGUAGUUGUAGCAUGCCUAAUGUUAAGUACUAUAUUUUUUAUUAUUUGGCACUCUAUAAGCCUCUUAGGUUAUUGUUAUAUAUUUAUUAUAUAUGUAUAUGACCUUGGGACAUUUAUAAAUAUUUUUAAAGUAAUUUCUUCUUUAAAAAAAACUUUAUGUAUUUGUUAUUAUGCUUCAUAUUUUCCUUCAUGUACAUGUUUUAAAGCUUACGGGCAUUUCACUGACGUAUUUUUUAAACACUUCCCAAGUUCUUCGUGUAUGUAUAUUUUUUUGAUGCACGUUGAGGUACGCCAGCUUUCGGGCCUGCGUGCAUCAGUGCGAUAGCGUAUGUUUUAGCCAUAUUGACAUUAGCUUCCUCUCAUAAGUACGCUAUAUGGAUACCAGGUGUCCUGAGUAUUACCACAUCUCUGCUUUAAUGAUUUUUGAAUUUGCAUAUUUUUAAGAGCUUCUUUCAGAGGGGGUGUUUCCCUUUCUUCAAGAGCUAUUUUAAUGGGGAUAUUACUCUUUAAGCUAUAUGCAUGCUUGUUUGUGUUUGCACUUAAAUUCAGUAUUAGUUUCCUGCAGUUAUGGAGUCUUCUGUCCCUAAAUCUGCCUUAAAAGCUGGUGUAUCUAAACACUUUCCUACUAGUGUUAAAUCUUUGUAUUGUAAACAAGCUGAGGUUUUAAUUCCGGCAAACGUAUGCAAUAAAUGCGUUCAUAUUUGAAUGCAUUCUGAUCUAAUGCUGCUCUUGCUUCUAAAGGUGUUACUGCUCCUUCUGUUUGUUCCUUACAGGAGAAUCCUACUGGUUUAACUCCUGAAGUCAAGGAUUUUAUUCGAUUUAAUGUGUUUGAAAUGUUGGCGGCCAUGCCUACUUCAAGUAAGAGUAAAAGGUCAGUUCAGAAUUUACCUUCAACUAGUUAUAAGCCUGCUGUUUCUAGUCAUGAAGCUGCUAUGUCCUCAGAAGGAGAGAUUGUUUCUGAUGAUCUUGGAUCUACCUCUGAACAUGAAUCUGAAACAUCCACUUAUUUGUUUAAAAUUGAGCAUAUUUGUUCACUUUUAAAAAUAAAUUUUGCCUACUUUGGAGGUUAAAGAUCUUAAAGUAGAUGAAGAUAAGCCCGUUAAUUAUUAAAAUACUGUUUUUAUACUUGUGAAUAAAUCCCCAGAUAUAUUUUCUAUGCCCGAUGUGGCCUCUGAAAUUAUUUCCAGAGAUUGGGCUAAAACAGGUAUUCAUUUUAAUCCUUCUGCAAGGUUUAAAAAAAUGUAUCCUUUACCAGCUUCUAAUAUUGUGCUUUGGGAAUAUAUUCCCAAAGUGGGUGGGGCCAUUUAUACUCUGGCUAAAUGUACUACUAUUCCUUUGGAAGAUAGUUCUUGCUUUAAAGACCCUUUAGAUAGGAAGCUUGAAUUCUUCCAUAGGAGGACUUUUCUGCAAGCAGGUUAUCUUUUUUGCGCAGCAAUUUCUAUUGCUGAAGUAGCCGCUGUUUUCUUUUUGGUUAGUUUUUCUGGCCAGUUUGUGGACGAUUCUGCUAGUGAAGAUUUUUUUUUUAAAUCUUUUGGAGUUGUUAAAAUCACCUUGAUGCUUUUAUUUGUGAUAUUUUUGACAUCAUUAAAGGGACAGUCUAGUAUAAAUUAAACUUUCAUUAUUCAGUUAGGACUUUUAAUUUUAAUCAACUUUCCAAUUUACUUUAAUCAUCAAAUUUUCUUUUUUCUCUUGGUAUGCUUAGUUUAAACUAAACCUAGGUAGGCUCAUAUGCUAAUUUCUAAGCCUUUGAGGGCUGCCUCUUAUCACAUGCUUUUUAAAUCUUUUCAACACAAAGAGACAGAAAGUACACAUGGGCCAUAUAGAUAACACUGUGUUCAGGCACGGGGUUAUUUAAGAUUUAGCACAAAACAAUGCUAAAUGCAAGACAAUAGAUAAUAAACAGUCACAGUCAUGUGAUCAGGGGGCUGGAAGAAGGCUCCUAGAUACAAGGUAAUCACAGAGGUAAAAAGUAUAUUAAUAUAACUGUGUUGGUUAUGCAAAACUGGGGAAUGGGUAAUAAAGGGAUUAUCUAUCUUUUAAAACAAUAACAAUUCUAUGAUAGACUGUCCCUUUAAGAUUAGUGAUAAAAGUAUGUCUUUGGAAGUACUUUCUAGAAGUGCUUUAUGGGUUUAAGACUUGGUCAGCUGAUAUGGUUUCUAAAUCCAGGAUUUUAUCCCUUUCUUUUCAGGUAAAUAUGUUAUUUGGUUCUGGUUUGGAUUCUAUUAUCUCUACUGUGACUAGAGGUAAAUGAGCUUUUUUCAUCAGGGACAAUAAGUCCAAGGGUUAAUUUAAAGUUCCUAACAUUUUUGUUCCUUUUUCAAGUUUAAAGUUUGCAUGAAGGUGCAACCCCUGAUUUAGAAAGCUUGGUUUCUUUCUGUUCAGGAUCCCUGGGUUAUAAAUAUACUCUCACAAGGGUUUUGAAUAGGUUUCAGAGCAACGCCUCCCAGAGGAAAGUUUCUUUAUGUCCAAUGUUCUGAGAAAUCCUGAGAAGGCUCAGGCCUUUUUUUUUUAGUGAGGUUUGAAUUUAGAAUCUAUGGAAGUGAUUGUUCCUUUUUUUAAAUGUUGGAUGGUGUUUUAUUCCAAACUUUUCAUUGUUCCAAAGAAGGAGGGAACUUUCAGACCAGUUCUGGAACCAUAGGCUCUAAACACAUUUCUCAUAGUCCCUACUUUUAAAAUGGAGACUGUUCGAACUAUUCUACCUUUUGUUCAGCAAGGUCAGUUUAUGUCCACACUAGUUUUAAAGGAUACAUACCUUCAUAUCCCAAUUCACAAGGAUCAUCAUCCAUUUCUAAAGUUUGCUUUUCUAGACUAGAAUUUUCAGAUUUUUGCUUUACUAUUUGGUCUGGCCACAGAUCCCAGAAUAUUUUCCAAGGUCCUAGUUACCAUUUUGUCUGUGAUCAAAGUUCAGAGUAUUGCAGUGUUUCCUUAUGUGGAUAAUAUCUUGGUUCAAGUUCCAUUUUUUUAAUUUAGCAGAGUCUCACACCAGCAGACUGAUGUUCCUUUAACAACAUGGUUGGAAAAUUAGUUUUCCAAAGAGUUUGCUGGUUCCUCAGACAAAGGUUUCUAGGGAUUCAGAUAGAUUUAGUUUCCAUGAGACUUUCCUUGACAGAUAUAUGAAGGAUGAAGUUAGUGUCCACCUCUUUCUUUUCCCUUGGUUGAUCUUUGCAUGGAGGUGUUAGGUCUUAUGAUUGUGGCUUCGGAUGCUAUUUUGUUUGCUCAUUUCCACAAGAUGCCUCUCCAGCUUUGUAUUCUUUGACAAUGGUGCAGGGAUUAUAUUCAGCUAUCUUAAAUGAUUCAUCUAGAUUUCAGAACAAGCCAAUCUCUGUCAGCUUUUUACACAGGGGGCUCCUUUUGUUCAUCCUACUUUGUCUGUGAUCACUACAGAUGCAAGUCUUUCAGGUUGGUAGGUCACCUGGGCAUGUUAGAGAGAGCGAGAGGUUUUUUCUCCUCGCAAGGCAAGGUUACCUUUAAUGUUUUAUAACUCGUGCAAUUUACAGAGCCUUUCAGAGUUGGCCUCUGUUGAAAAAGGAGUCUUAUCUCUGAUUUCAGACAGACAAUGUUACAGCAGUAGCACAUGUCAGUUAUCAAAGGGGAACUCACAGUCCCUUGCCACGAGGGAAUUAUUGCAAAGUCUUUCCUGGGCAAAAAUCGGUGAUCAUAUUUCUGCUGUUCAUAUUCUUGUAGUGGUUAGCUGGGAAGCAGAUUUUUACAGUAGUUAGGCAUCUAAUGGCCUCUCUGUUGAAUCGCAAACUUCCCAGGUAUUGUGCAAGGUCUAGAGAUCAUCAAGCAGUGUUUGUGGAUGCUCUGUUAGUUCCAUGGUCAUUUUGACUAACAUGUUUUUUUCCAGGGUGAUUUCCAGAAUCAGACAAGAGGAAGCAUUAUUGAUUCCAUUGUCUCCAUCUUGCACUUGCAGAGUUUGGUAUGCAGAUAUGGUUCAGAUGUCCAUUUGUCCUCCUAGGCUACUUCCUCUGCGUCCAGAGCUUCCAUCUCAAGGUCCAUUUUUCCACCCAGAUAUCAAAUCUCUAAGCUUUAUGGCGUGGAGAUUGAACGAAUAGUUCUUAAGCAAAGAGAGUUCUCUGAUUCUGUUAUUGAGACUCUGAUAAGCCUCUGAAUAGGAUUUGGAGGACUAUUUCUUGGUGUACGGAUCAUGUUUUUUUUUUUCUGGCAUUCUUUUAGAAUUCCUAGGAUUUUGCAGUUUUUGCUAGAUUGUUUAGAUAAGGGGUUAUUUGCCAGUUCUUUGAAGUGUCAGAUUUAACAGUUAAGUCCAAAAAAACUUGACUUGAUUCAAACAGGGCAUGUAAUUUUAUACAAAUUUCCCAUUUACUUUUAUCACCAAUUUUGCUUUGUUCUCUUAGUUUAAAGCUAAUACUAGGAAGUUCAAAUGCUAAUGUCUUAGUUCCCUGGAGUAAUGAUUUGGUAGGAAAGUCCUUCAGGCAGUUGACCCGGGUUGAAUAAUUUUGCCUGUUAAUUCAUUUUAAUUGCAUUUUUUUAAAAAAAGUGUUUUGUCCUUUUUGGGUUAUUUUGGGGUUGUUGAUUUAGUUUUUCAGUGAAAAAAUAUGUUUCUUAAAUCCCACCCUUUAUGUUAUAUUACUCGUGGACUUCACAGCUUGGGUAUUAGUUCCCUGGAGUAAUGCAUUGUGGACUCUCACCACAUUUAUGAAAGAAAACAUCAUUUAUGCUUACCUGAUAAAUUCAUUACUUUCAUGGUGGUGAGAGUCCAUGAGAUCACACCCUUUGUUUUGUUUUUUUCUGGUGCUGGUUUAUUCUUGCCCACUUCUUUUUUCCCUGCUCCUAUUUUUGUUCUUAUUUCUUUUCUUACCUCUUUUGCUUGGCUAAAUGUUAGAUUGAGGUACCAGUGGGAUUGGAGGGGUUUUGUAGAGCUUUUGGAGUUUGGAAGUCUUUGCCUCCUAGUGGCAGGGAAAAGUAGUUCCCAGGAGUAAUGUGUUGUGGACUCUCACCACCAUGAAAGAAAUUAAUUUAUCAGGUAAGCAUAAAUUAUGAGGGGGGGGGGGGUCAAAAUUUAAGUUGUAGAUUUCUCACUGAAAUAUUACUUCCAGUAGAGCUUAAUAUGUGAGUAGCAUCUAGAAGCUCGAAAACAGCUCAGCAUAGUUCAGUAGUUAAGGGGUUUAAUGGUCAUUAAACAAUUUGAGAUUGUAGUAUACAAUGCUUAAUUAUGUGUAUUAAAACCAUUUGCCAUAUAAUUUCACUAUUUAUUUUGUCCCCUUUUCUUGUUAUGUAACUGUCCAAUCCCCAUGAGUUUCUAUAAAGUAAUAGGAGCUACCAUGUUGAAACCUAUGUUUCUCUUAUGUAAUCUCUUCUGCUGAGGAUAAUUAUAGAUAGAUAAAGUAUACAAACAAUGUAUGUGUAAUAUAGAGACUAAAACCCCUUUUAAAUAGUUACUUUAACACUUUACACAACCUUUGUUUGCACACUUUAUCUUUCCAUAAUUGUUCACAGCAGAUAAUAUUAGAGAAGGGAAACCUUAGGUUUCAUUACUUUGUAGAAAUUAAUAUAUACAAUCAUACAAUAGUAAUAAGGAUAUUACUAUAAUAACCCCUGGCGCUAACGUGUAGCUUAAAUUGGUAAUGCAAAGGUUCUAAUUAUUGUAUACUAUAAACAAUAAACAAUAAAUUACCUUA